UUCUACUUUCAAUUCCUAAGAGAGAACAAUGGCAGUGGGAGAUUUAUCUUCUUCUUCUUCUUCUUCUUCCACGGAGUUGCAUGUUUUGGCUGUUGAUGAUAGUCUUGUUGAUCGUAAGGUUAUAGAGAGGUUGCUUAGGAUCUCUGCUUGUAAAGUGACGACCGUUGAGAGUGGGACUAGGGCUCUUCAGUAUCUUGGCCUAGAUGGAGAUGAUGGAUCUUCUGAUCUUAAGGAUUUGAAGGUGAACUUGAUAGUGACAGAUUACUCUAUGCCGGGACUAACAGGAUAUGAACUACUCAAGAAGAUCAAAGAGUCAUCUGCAUUUAGAGAGGUACCAGUAGUGAUAAUGUCCUCUGAGAAUAUACAACCUCGUAUUGAACAAUGUAUGACAGAAGGAGCAGAGGAUUUCCUGCUAAAACCUGUGAGAUUAGCAGACGUGAAGCGGUUAAAAGAACUUAUAAUUAGAAGUGUUGAAGCUGAAGAAGAACAUAAAGCCAAACACUCUUGUCCUAACAGAAUCCUACAAAACAACACUCGUGGUGUUUCCUCUCUGGAUGAUGAUGACACACCAUCUUCCAAGCGAAUGAAACUAGAAUCUAGGGUUCAUGUUUGAGCAGCUUGAGCAUCUCCUCUCUCUUUUCUUUUGUUUACAAUUAGAAAAGAUGUCGUUAUGUUUUGAUAUAUGCAAGUUUUUAGAUCCUGAUGCUCAUAAUAAGGACUGUUUUUCCAAGUAUAUGAUAUUGUAGUAUUCGUUGAAUAAUGUCAUUAUCUUUUUAUGAUCAGGUACAAAACAGAGUAAGC